AUUCCUGUAGUUUUUUGAUGUAAUACGGAAGACCACAGCUCUUUGUUUUAAGUAGAACUAGAAAUUUUCUAGUGGUUGGUCACUUUCUUUCCUUAACUGAACAUUGUGCCUUCAGAGACCACCUCAGUUUGAUUCUCAGAUGGAAACUUUGGAAGGCAGGGCCCCUGCUAGGUCAAGCAACAUGGACCUGUUUUAAACUGGCUGUGUUAAUACUUUCAGCAGAAGCAGAGAUGAACAUCUUUGUUAGUUCACUGAUUUGACUUAAUUGGAUAGUCAGGAAGAGGGCUAUAAGCCAUAGAUCAUCUCAAAUAUUAAGUUUAAUUUUGUGAGAAAAUAACACUGUUAAUAAUGGCACUUAAGUAGUGCUUUUUUCUAAUGUACAGUAUAUACACACGGAAACAUACAGUACACCUUACUGUUCAGAGGUUUACAUUUAAACGAUACACUUUAAGAAAUAAUUUAAUAAAUUCUUUGCAAAUUCUUUUUACAUCAGUAGGCUGAUUUUUAUCUUGCAUAUAUACAGUAUUUUAUUCAUAUUUAAUUAAAUGCAAAAUGGACAAGCCCCUAUUUACAAAGUUACCAGAAACCGUGGGGUAUUGAAAUGGAAAAGGACCCAUUUUUGAGAACUUUAUAUGUUAAAGAAUUGCGCAUAAAAGUUCUUCUAUUGUUAUGUUACUGUGCAUUUCCUUAAGAAUUUUAAUGUACUUGCACAUGUACUGUUUUUAUAUAAAUAUUGCAAAGUUUUUGCUUUGUGGGAUAUUGCUUUUGAAGAGAUACCAUGUGAGGGCAUUGAAAUUAAGUUCCGCAUUUCCUUACAAUAGCAGUCAGUUCCAUGGCACAGUUUCUUUGAGGCAACUAAUAUAUCAAAUUAACUCUUAAAAAUCUGAGUUUGUAUCAGUUUUGUUCAUUGAAUUAUAAAACCUGUUUGCCUAUAUGAUUGCCAUCACAUUUAAUAUGUUAUCAAGGAUACACACAAACAUUCUCAGCUCUGCUGCAAUAAGAAGGAUCAUUAGAAAAAAUCAAAAUUGAGGUUUCAAGGGUAAAUUAUAUAAAACUUGUUCUUUCUCCAUCUCUUAAGUAGCAGCUUCCAUUUUUCUGAUCAGUUCCGUUUGUAAUGUCAAAUCACUGAGUGGAAUUUGAGUUGCAGUGACAGAAUUUGUCUAGUAGGUAAAUGCGAGUGGUGCACAGUCCCAAGUGUAAAGGACCAAGCAUGAAAGGUAACAGAGGAGCAAAAUGAAAAUUAAACAGAAUAGCACAUUCAGAUAGAGAACUGAAAAAGAUGAGGAAAAAAAAUGAAGAAAGAUGAUGAGAGACAUGAUCUGAAACUAGGAAUUUAACGCACGGAGAAAGGAACAGAAAUAAAUGCAACAGUCUGUUAGGCACAGAAAGUAAGGUGUCCUAGGAAAAGGGGGAAAUGGAAGCAAGUAAACAGCAUACGAGUUAAGUGUGCCCCUAGUGCUGCCUGCUCAGCCCCACCGUCCUGGCAGGGUCCCAGUUCUGGGAGCCUCCACUCACACCAGAUAAGCCAGUUCCUCCCGGCUGGAAUUCGUCUUCCUGCGUAAUGGGUCAGAAAUUCUUUAACAGCUUUUACGUGAGAGAUUUAACGUGGUGCUUUAGGGGUCCCUCGGGUGGGAGGACGAGACGAUUUGUUCAACGGUUCCAAGAAAAGGUUUCCGAGGAACUUAGGUGGAAGUGAGUGCUUGAAUGCUUAAAGUGAGUGUAGCUCACAAUACUUAGAAACUCUCAAGUUAAGGGAAGAAACAAAACAAAAACCCAAUGGUUUCCAAAAAAAAGCCAGUAUUGUGUUGGCACACAGGCAUAAAUCAGUGUGUGAAUUGGACACAGCGAUAAGGAAAGGCUUCCUUCCUUGACGUGGUUUUAAUCAGCAGGCUAAAGCUAUGAAGUAAAGUGGUGUAAUUGUGCUGGCUAGCUUUCAUGGGGAGAAACCACCACCGAAAUAAAUGACUUACUGUAUAGGGUUCUAAGGGUUAAACAUUCACUAAGAUAUGAAAUGCUCUUGAAAACUUGAGAGUAAUGGAGAGUCUUCCACCACAAUGUUGAUAACUUAAGGGAUGAUUGUAUAUGAAUCAGAUAAGCAAAGAUGGCUAUGUGAAGAAAUGGCUUGAGUAAUGUUGAAAAGAAGGGAGAAGAUCUGAAAAGACUGUUCCUCACCUCCUUCCCACGUAAAACUUAAGCAUGUCUCCAUGCUGAUAAAUUAGGGCCAAUUAUGAGAUAAGAUUGUGCAAUGGAAAAGGUUUAAUUCUGUUUCUACUCCAUGGUUUUUCCAUACCAGAGGCUCAACAUGCCACAGUUGUUGAUUGAAGUCAUGUGGAGUAAGCUGUGUUGUGACAGAUAAAGUAAUGAAAUGAUUUAUUGCAGGGCCAGUGACAAAGAUGCCUCGCUGUCCCCAGACUGGUGGGAGAAUAUCAAUUUAACUUCUACCCCGUGCAUUAUUAACAACUCAGCAACAGCUACAGGGGCAGCAAUUCAGUUUGCUAUUGCAACAGAUGAAGAAGAUCUUACCCCAGAGGAAAGAAGGAAACUGGAAAGAAAAUUGAAAAAAGAGCGCAAGAAGGAAGAAAAGAAGCUGAUGAGAGAAGCUGGAAUCUCUACUAAAAAAGAAGAGCCCAAAAAGCUGUCAGGAUCUGAGCUGGCUCUGGCCUAUUUAACCAGCUGGUCUAAAAAUCCAGAAGAAUGGAAGUUUCAAAAAACAAGACAAACCUGGCUUCUCUUGCACAUGUAUGAUAAAGAGAAGGUUCCAGAUGAGUAUUUCACCAUUUUACUGGAUUAUCUGGAGGGACUUCGAGGCAGCGCACGAGACACAACUGUGCAGAAAGCUGAAGCUCUUAUGAAGGAGUUGGAUGGGUCGGAUGCAGAAGACCCAAGCAUGGUGGAGAAGAGCGAGCGAAUACGACAAGUUCUGCAACUGCUGUCCUGAGAGUGUUUUGGUGUCUUGAUGGUUGUCUGGUGGAGAGAAGGAUAGAAUGUAAUACACAGAUACUACAAAUCAGCUGUAAAGACAUAUUUUGAUAAUGAAUCUUUACGCUAAAUUUUCAUAUUUUCCACUUGUGUUUUCCAACAGCAAUUAUUUAUCAUGUUUUGAGGUGAUGAAAUCAAAACAGAACACCGUAUUUGAUCCACAGACAUGAUGUUUUGAUUAAAAGUAAUCUUACUGCACAUCUUUAGAAAAAUAAACCUCUCUUUCUUGUUAGUUUUUCUCCACUUCCCCAUGUAAUUAAUGUUAAAUAAGAGGAGCUUUGCAGUUCUUAAUAAGAAGAGCAAAGCAACCAACAAAAAGCCUGGAGGUUCUUUUACAAUGGCAGCUUUUAAAAUUAACAUACAGUACAGUGCCUGCUCAUCCAGCUGUAAUCUAUCACUUUCAGCUUUAGAAGUAUGUCAUUUGGAUUUGGGAAAGAUCAUUUUCAGUCUGUUGAACAUGGGUUGUAUAACACAGUUGCUUAUUAGUACUUCACGCAGUGAUCUGGAGAUACCAUCAGCUUUGUUAGUUUUCCUUGUAUAUUUUAAAGGUUUCAAAUGCUUUAUGGCAAUUGUUUAGAUAUUUAGAUAAUGUGCAGAUGGGGACAGAUCAAAUCCUUCGACCACAUGUAGUGAAAUCAUCUGAUUGUACAUAAACUUAUGCUAAGAUGAGAAGUGCCAUGCUGCAACUUUUUGUGUAUAGCCUGCCAAUGUUACAUUUUUUAUCUUUCUCUUGUAAUUGGCAUCCAAAAGAGUUAAUUUGUGUUCAUUUGCUUUGACACAGGACAUUUGUCUCCUAUGAAUAUGCUGAAAAUGAGGCUUUCAAGUAAAAAACAAGGACAUUAAUUAC